AAGUUUGAGGCGCGUACCAGUUGACCCGGAAGCUGCUCAGUCCACGCGAGUGUAGCAGAAUCGUUGCGGAUACGAAGCGAAGGAACCCGGUGAAGUCGAGCAGCAUACGAUCUGAGACGUCUGUUUUCAUAAACCAACAAUCAUGAGUCUGUUGACAAAGCCCAAGUCGGAGAUGAGCCCGGAGGAGCUCCAGAAACGAGAAGAAGAGGAGUUCAACACUGGCCCUCUGUCGGUGCUCACCCAGUCCGUCAAGAACAACACUCAGGUCCUCAUCAACUGCCGUAACAACAAGAAGCUGCUCGGACGAGUCAAGGCCUUCGACAGGCACUGCAACAUGGUCUUGGAGAAUGUGAAGGAGAUGUGGACGGAAGUUCCCAAGAGCGGGAAGGGAAAGAAGAAGUCUAAGCCCGUGAAUAAGGACCGCUACAUUUCUAAAAUGUUCCUCAGGGGGGACUCGGUCAUCAUCGUGCUGAGAAACCCCCUGAUCACGGGAAAAUAAACUCUCAGUAGGCGUCCAGCUGGAUCGGUCACAAAGCCCCUUUUCUUUUUUUUUGUUGAGUUGUUUGGAGGCAGUGGACUUGUUUUGUCGGUGGAUCACUGCAGUCACUAUCGAAUAAGAUGAAAAUCUUGUCAAACAUAACGUCUUUGCGUUGUUUUUGUCACAAGAAUACUUGCUUUUGAGUUGUCACUAGAACUCCUCUGUAUUUUUCAUUUUAAUAAUAAAAGUGAUGGAUAGAUUAAUGUGAA